CUCUAUAUAACAUGCUGCGGAAGCACCUGUGACUCACUUUGCCUCAGACCUGACGGACAGGACAGACCGAAUAUUUAAGUCUCACUUUGUCUUUAGCCUACUUCUACCAAGAGCCUAAUAGAACCAGGCUGCGUCUGUCCAGCCCCAUGUCUACUGACCAGGAGAUCUGCCAUCUGUGUAAGGAAGACCUGAGGGACCCAGUCUCCAUCCCGUGCGGCCACAUCUUCUGCUCCAUCUGCCUGAAGACCUACUGGGACCACGCUGACCACACCGGUUCCUACAACUGUCCACAGUGUCGGGUCACCUACAACAAGAGACCCACCCCGCGCCGCCACCAGACCUCCCGCUCCUCCUCACACUCGACCCACUCCCAUCCCAGGAUGUCCGAGGCCUACCCUCCUCCACCUCCAGACCCAGACUACAACUACGCCGGACCGCAAGAUGUGGGAUGUGAUAUCUGUAUUGGGAAGAAGCACAAAGCCAUCAAGACAUGCUUGAUGUGCCUGGCAUCCUACUGUGAGAGGCAUCUAAAGCCCCACUAUGAGAACCCUGCCUUCAAGAGGCACAAGCUGGUGGAUGAGAUCGGCCACCUGGACAGGCAGAUUUGCCCCCAGCAUCAGAAGGGUCUGGAGCUCUUCUGCAAGACUGACCAGAUGUGUAUCUGUGUUCUGUGCACCGUGAAGGAGCACAAAGGUCACGACAUGGUAUCUGCUGAACAGGAGAGGUCAGAAGAACAGGUAAAACUGCUUUGCAUGAUAAAUAAAAAACGUUAUGUCGCUUUGAAGUAGUUUACAUUCUGUAUUGUUAAAUGACAAAGCAAUUUGUGUAACUGGGUGGGGUGGGGGUGGGGGCCGGGGAUGUUUUUUCUAGGCUUUUCAAUAAUUUGCCUCUUCAAAACCAUAAGGUUUCUGUAGCCCAUUGACUGCAGUUGUGUGACUGAGAGCGACAGGUUGAUUGUUGGAAUAGAGUAGCUAGUAUCAGCCAAGCCCCUAAAACAAAUACUUCAGGCGAUCAGUUAGACCCACACACAUGAGUGAAAGUAGUUGCUGUAAAUGUGUGUGGGGUGGGGCGUUGCAACCAAACCUCUCUUCCAAGAACUACUACUCAUGCUGGCUAGAUUAUAUUACUGUAUUGUCUGAACCUAAUGCACAUUAUAAUAAUGCAUAUUGAAGGCCAUUUUAAAAUUACGUGAAUGGGGAGGAAAAAGACGCCACUUCACUCAGCCUUGAUUUCUGUCUGUAGCAUUUGGGUUGCUCAGUAUAUGGAAUAUUUUGGAAACGACUGUCUGACUUGUGGGGCUAUGUCACUGACGUCCUGUGUCCUCCAUCCACAGCAACGUCUGGGUGCCACCCAGGCAGAGAUCCAGGAGAGGAUCCAUGAGAGGCUUAAGCAGAUGGAGGAGCUGAAACAAGCUGUGGAUUCACUCAAGGUACAUGUCUCUAGAACACCGAAAAUACAGUAGGUUGUGAAAUCACACAAUUACAAUGUACUGUUAAGUCAUACUAAACAUACUGUAGAUGUACUCACAGUGCAUAUUUCUAAUGUGUGUCCUGGAUAGACAAAUUCUAUUUUCCCACCAAGAGAUUCCCUAAUCCCAAAUAUCAAUACAUCACCAAUAUCAUUCCAUUAUGACUGACCACCUGGGUGUAUUGGCACAACCCAAAAUGCUUAACAGAGAUUUUAACAGCAUGCCCAUUUAAGUGUGCCCCUUUCCUCUCCAGAGCUCAGCCCAGAGGGCUAUGCAGGAGUGUGAGAAGUUGUUUGGUGACAUGAUGCGUUCCAUCGAGAGGAUGCAACAGGAAAUGACCAAGCUAAUCUCCUCCAAUAAGAGGGCAGCGCUGAACAACGCUGAGGGUCACCUAGAGCGUCUGACCCACGAGAUCGCUGACCUCAAGAAGCGAGACAACGAGAUCACACAGCUGUCACGCACGGAGGACCACAUCCACUUCAUCCAGGUGACUAAAGGCUCGCACAUCGCACCGACUGUGGAUCCAGCAUUUGUCUUCCGAUUGUUCAGUGCACUUUGUUUUAGGGACCACCGUCUGUAGACGUCUGACUGACAAUUUGACACGCAUGUCAAAUCUGUGAGCGCUCGGUUUGUAAAUGACGUUCAGAGGUGCUAAGUACCCUCGGCCUUUAAAAAGUCUAACACCCCUCACCCUAAAACAACAACGAUAAUAUUUGGGCUCAAGCCAAGGAAUGACACAAGCUAUUUUAAAACUAUACAUCAUUUUUGAGUGGCCCGCCCAGCUCAUCACCCCGACAUAACCAGAAUUCAUAGAUAGGUUAGACAACGUCACAAAAACAUUUACAUUUUAGUAAUUUAGCAGAUGCUCUCAUCAGAGCGACUUACAGGCACAAUUUGGGUUAAGUGCCUUGUUCAAGGGCACAUUGACCGAUUUGUCACCUAGUUGGCUCAGGAUUUGAACUGGCAACAUUUCGGUUACUGGCCUAAUGCUCUUAACCGCUAGGCUACAAUGGAGCAGAAGGCCGUGUGUUAUUGUGAUUCUGGAUGGCCAGAUGGCAAGCAACAAUGACAAGAAGCUGCAAUGUGGGGACUCGUAGCUGGCUAGUUUUAUCUUUAUUCUGGAUACCAUGUCUUGCUUUGAUGUCACGUCUAUGCUAAUAUGGCAAAGAUUCGCUAGCUAACCAACAAUGUAAUGAUGCAUUUGAGACAAUUGUGGAGACUAAAUAAUGUACAUGUCAACAAUCUAAGCCAACCCAGUCUGUUUUGACCCAUUGUUGUGCACAAGUCGGUUUUGUUGCUAAACAACCAACCUGUCUAUAAUUGGGCUAUGAAGCAAGGAAAUGACCCGAGCCAAUUCAAAUGAGGAAUGUGUCAUUGAAAAGAGGGUGUGUCUGUCCUCAUCCAUUCCCACAUCGAACUGUCUCCUGUCUUCUGUAGAGCUACCACAUGCUGAUCGCCCAGACGGAGGCUGAGGAGCUGCCCACAGUCUCAGUGAACCCCUACUUCUCCUUCGGCCCCGUCACCAAGGCUGUCUCUGAGAUGAAGAUCCAUCUCCAUGACAUCAGCAAUGAGGAGCUGGUCAAAGUGGCCAAGGCUGGUGAGGCAGUGAGAUAAUGCACUGUAACUUCAGUCAGUUACUGCCAAUGCUGAAUGAAUUAUGUAGAUCCUAGAGCUAGAUUAAACCCCAGGCUUUUGAUCUUUUUAAAACCAUGAACUUGGAAAUGUUUCAGUAAAUUCUUAAAGAGCAUAUUUACUCAACCAGAAUUGUUCCUCUUUCAGUGAACAAAAUGCCUUUCUGCCAACUGGAUGAAGCUAAAAGGAGAACGAGUGUGAAAGGUGAGUCAAUCAACAUGAAACUCCCCACUGAUCUCAUUUGGGAAAAUACUUGGAAUGGUAUUAGUUCAAAAACAAGAAUAUCGACCCCACCACUCCCCCAGACCCCCACCAAACGCCCAAACAACAUAGUUAGGUGGUUGCUGAGGAAAUAUGGGCUUGCCUUGUGUUGUAGCUAAAUUUCAGUAAUUACAUUUUCACAGGGCAGUCACAGCAUAAUCUGAAUUUCAAAUGGCUCCUUGAGUGAUUUAUAAUUUCCUUCUUGCUCUGCAGUGCCUAAGAAAACAAAAUGGUUCCUCUAGUAUUGUUAUAAUAGUAAAGUGGUCUGAGCACCUUGAUCUUUAUUAGAGGGCACUCAAAGGUCCGGUGGUGGUGCAAGUGACCUUGAAUAUUUACAUUGGCUGAUAAGUUAACUCUCUUAGAACGCCACACACAUAAAGCAGUUCUACACAAACACACACCCUAGUCAUUAACGUAGGUUUUUUUGGGGUAUCCGAAACACAAAUCUCAAGAUUGUAAAGUACAUUUCCAUGCAUGCAAUAUUGUACAAUCCAAAUAUGAUAUUUUUUUAAUUUGUAUUUUUUGCAUUUCCUUCUCUUUGUAGUUGAUGGUGUUGCUGCCGUGUACAAGACUCCAAGCCAGGAGCCGCAGUACAGAGAGGACUUCCUGAAAUGUAUGUCUACUUAAUGAUUCUCCUUCUGAGACUAUACUUACCAAAUCAAAUACUAUAGGACUGAGGGUUCAUUCUAGGGCCAUAUCAUUACUCGUACUAUUUAAGUGUGAGCUACUCUACAUAAAUUGCAUUAAAACCACUAUAAAGACAGGAGUUAGUCUAAAAUACUACCUGGUGCCCAGCCCACAUGGAAACAGACUAGUGCUGCAAUGGGAGUAGUCUUACCACAUUCCUUAGAUACUAGGUUUGUAAGUGGGCAUGCUGAAUGAACUUUAUACCGGUUUACUGUGGUGAGUGGGAGUAUAGGUUUAUGAAAGGGGUGUGGUUAUACAGAAUGACAUCGCUUUUGAAAUUCUAAUCAGCACAGCUUUUUGUUGGCAAAUCUUUCUAAGCUAUAUUACUUGACAUGUCUAUUAAAAUCCCUCUCUGUGGUGCAAAUUAUGGGGAAAUAAUCCAUGUGUAAGACUUGUAUUAGAUUUGUAUUCCAUUUGACUACUACAACUAUUGGAAACUACAGCUUCAGCAAGUUUAAAACCUGCUCAAGGUAUAGAAUAGAAGUGUGUACUGGGCGGAAAGGGAAACGUACUCGGAGCAUCAGAUUAACCUCUAAAUCAGUCACAAGCAGAUUUGAAUAACUUUGGUCCAAGCCGUACAUGUAAAUAAAUGGCUCUGCCUCCGGUGGUAUUCCAGAUGAUAGGCCAAGUGGUCGAUCUCCCAGACCAGAUGGGCCAAGUGGUCGGUCGCCUCGCCGUGGCCACAGAGAGUACCACCAGUUCUGACCUGGCUGAGGGGCUGCAGAUGCGCACAGCCAGGUGA